AUGACAUCGAUUCGUGUUGGUGGAGCCCAGCUGAACUCGCUCAUAAAUGGUCUUGAAAACUCCCUGGCGCAGAUACAGGGGCCUCCUGGCACUGGGAAAUCCUUUCUUGGUGCGCUGAUUCUGUCGUUCAUCAUUGGCCUGACGAAUCACAAGGUGCUGGUGAUCAGUUACACAAAUCACGCACUCGACCAGUUCCUUGAAGAUUUGCUGGACAUUGGCCUAUCCGAAAACGACAUGGUUCGGCUUGGUUCGAAGGCAACCGAGCGGACGAAGCCACUUGGUUUGAAUAACUGUACGAGUUCAGGCGAUAGUUACUUUGAUUCCUCGACGCGGUGGUUGAUUGGUCGCCUCAACCGUCAGAAAGCUGAGGCCGCGACUCUACUGCAUGAUUCCCUCGGUGGACUGAGCGAUUCACACAUCAACACUCGUGACAUCCUGGAUUAUCUUGAGCUUGACCAUCCUGAUACAUCAUUCUGGGACGCAUUUCAGCUCUCAAAUGAAGACGAAGAUUUCAUCGUUGUCGGAAAGGCUGGUAAAGUUCUCGGUCCCCGGGACUUGUACAACCGGUGGAUGGGAGGCGAGACCCUCCACGGCCUGGGCUCCUUGGCAGCACAUGUUGACGAUCAUUGUAUGUUUGUAUGGGAGCUUCCAGCCGAGUCCAGACGCAAGCUUCAUGCGAGAUGGACUAGAAAGAUUGCGGAAGAUCACAUCGCCGGACACAUGGAGCUUGCUGAAUCGCAUGCUCGACAUCAAACCGAGCUAAAUGAGGCGUACAACAGCAGAAGCCAGAGUAUACUUCUUGGAAAGCGAGUGAUUGGAUGCACAACUACCGGAGCAGCCAUGAACCAUGCCAUUCUCCGAAAGGUGAAGCCAGAUGUUGUAUUGGUCGAAGAGGCCGGAGAGAUCUUGGAGGCCCAUGUCGUUUCGGCUCUUGGUCCGUCGGUCAAACAGCUCAUUCUCAUCGGCGACCACAAGCAAUUGCGUCCCAAGGUCGGAAGCUACAGAUUGACGGUAGAAAUGGGUGAGGGAUUCGACCUGAACGUGUCUCUUUUCGAGCGAUUGAUCAAGCAUUGUCAUAAAUUCACCAGCCUCACCGAGCAACAUCGAAGUCAUCCGGAUAUUUCACACUUCACGCGGCUGCUCGCGUAUCCGCAUCUUGAAAACAGCCCGGAGACUUUGAAAAGGGAUAAAGUGCGAGGUUUGCAGAGCAGAGUGAUUUUUGCGCAUCACGAAAAGCCCGAGGACAUGUCGGAGGGCCCGAAUGCCGAUGAAGGACCACGCUCCGGGAUGAGUAAGAGAAAUACAUAUGAGGCCGAGAUGGUCCUCAAAACUGUCAAGUACCUGGGUCAGCAGGGAUACAAGUCCAAGGAUAUUGUCGUCAUCACUCCUUACCUGGGCCAGCUCUUGCUUUUGAAAAGCACGCUAAGCCAUGAACACGAUGCAGUUCUCAAUGACCUUGACUCCUUCGAGCUUGUCAUCUGCCACGAACUGGUCGAGGAGACUUGCGAAAGAGGUCACAAGGUAACUGUAACCUGCAGCUUGACUGAACGCGAAUGCAAACGUUGCCUCAAGGAAGAUGAGAAUGUUCGUCGAAGAGUAUUGCGAGACUUUGAGCUGGAACAAAAGAGACAGAAGCAGCAGGACUCAUACGCCCUUGAGCUCCAGGAGCUGGAUAAUGAAAUUGACCACCACAGAAGAACCAUCAGGCUCGACACUGAGCGUCAAGAGCAGCUCGAGAAGCUCAAUCAAAAGAAAAGACAACUUGAGAGUCUUGAGCAGAGGUCCUGUGCCCCUUGGAAUGUAAAUGAAUCGAAAAAGAAACACACGAGAAGCCAGGUAAAGGGUUGCACACCGCCUUCCGCCCAACUUGGAUCUCCGGCAAACGAGGAGGGACAAACCGACGGGUUCGCCAGUGCGGCUAGAGAGGAAUGGGAGACGCACAAAAGUACCAACGGAGACAAAAAUGCUGCGUUAGACGAGCUCAUGGGCCUUAUUGGCCUAGAGUCAAUCAAGGAAGAGUUCCUCUCUACCAAGUUCAAUGUCGACAUCAAAGUUCGGCAGAACGUGCCUUUGAAGGACGAGAGGCUUGGCUGCUGCAUGCUGGGAAACCCCGGUACAGGCAAGACAACUGUGGCUCGCAUAUGGGCACGGUUCCUCAUGACUAUUGGAGCAAUCCCUGGCGACGUGUUUGAAGAAACGACUGGUGCCAAAUUGGCCAACGGCGGCGUGCGCGAUUGCCAAUCACUACUUGAGAAGCUCAAGGCUGAUGGAGGUGGGGUUCUCUUCGUUGACGAAGCGUAUCAACUCUCGUCCGGAAACAGCCCAGGAGGCACCGCCGUCAUUGAUUUCCUCCUUGGUGAGAUAGAGAACCUCCGCGGGAAAGUUGUAUUUGUCUUUGCAGGUUACGAAAAGGAAAUGGAAGCCUUUUUGGCGCACAACCCCGGAUUACCCAGUCGGCUUCCGUUGCUGAUGAAAUUUGACGAUUAUGACGACACCGAACUGCUUCGCAUUCUCCAUGACCGAAUAGUACGCAAGUACUCUGGUCGGAUGACAGCUGAAGACGGCCUAGACGGCCUGUACAUGAGAAUUGCUUCGCGUCGUCUUGGCCGUGGGCGUGGUAAAAAAGGAUUUGGAAACGCCCGAGCGAUGGAGAACGUCCUUGCCAUGAUUGAGAAACGUCAGUCGAAACGAUUGCGGGCUGCUCAGUUGAAUGGCGAGGCCCAAGAUGAAUACCGGUUCGGCAAAGAAGACAUCAUUGGACCCGAGCCGUCAGCAGCGGCUCGACGCUCCGAAGCUUGGAAACGCCUGAAUGCUAUGAUUGGUCUCGAAAAGGUCAAGGAAGAGUUGCGGACUCUUGUCGAGUCUCUGAGUACAAACUACCAGCGCGAGCUGGCUGAGGAGCCGUUGAUCGACUUCGCACUGAACCGUGUCUUCAUCAGACCACCAGGAACGGGCAAGACGACAGUUGCGAAGCUGUACGGACAGAUUCUUGCCGAACUGGGGUUUUUGUCCAACGGAGACGUGGUGGUCAAGAACCCUUCGGAUUUUGUAGGCUCCGUUCUGGGACAGUCGGAAACCCUGACGAAGGGGAUUCUGUCCAGCACUGUCGGAAAGGUUCUUGUCAUCGACGAGGCGUACAGUUUGUAUGAUGGAGGUAGUGAUGGCUCAACUUCCAACCUAUAUAAAUCGGCAAUAAUCGACACACUUGUCGCCGAAGUCCAAAACGUGCCUGGCGAAGAUCGAUGCGUCAUCAUGCUCGGGUAUGAGGAGCAAAUGGACACAAUGUUCCGCAACGUGAAUCCAGGACUGAGUCGACGAUUUUCAGUCGACUCGCCCUUUGUCUUUGAGGACUUUGACGACAAACAGCUGCAACUUAUACUGGACCUCAAGCUCAAGAACUCGGGAUUUGCUGCCGCUAGUAAGGCCAAACAAGUCGCCUUGGGAGUCCUCCGUCGAGAACGGAACAGGCCCAACUUUGGCAACGGUGGCGCCGUAGACAACUUGCUGUCCAGGGCGAAAAUAAGCUUCCAAGAACGCGCUUCGAAAAAAAAAGGGACCAAGAACCUGCUGGAAGCCGUGGACUUUGACAAGUAUUUCGAUCGAGCAGAGCGCACCUAUACGAAUGUCGCCAAGCUCUUCGAGGGCGAAGUAGGGCGUGAGGAGAUCAUCGCGUUCCUCGAGGAGCUCCAGGAGCGUGCAAUGCUGCUGAACGAGAUGAAAAUGGAUCCGGGAGAUGAGAUUCCGUUCAGCUUCCUCUUCCGUGGACCUCCGGGAACCGGCAAGACGACGACGGCACGCAAGAUGGGCAAGGUUUACUACGACAUGGGAUUGCUGGCCACGGCGAACGUGACGGAAUGUUCAGCAACCGAUUUGAUUGGCAAAUUCGACGGCCACACGGGACCUAAAGUACAGCAAUUGCUCGACAGAGCUCUCGGACAGGUCCUGUUCAUUGACGAAGCCUACCGUCUCGCCGGAGGCGGCUUCGCCCAGGAGGCGGUCGACGAGUUAGUAGACUCGGUCACAAAGCCAAGGUACCAAGGAAAACUCAUCAUCAUACUGGCCGGAUAUGACGAAGAGAUCAAUCGACUCUUGUCCAUCAAUCCUGGAAUGUCGAGUGGCUUCCCGGAGUCAAUCAAUUUCCAGCCUCUUCGCGCCGAAGACUGCGUCAAACUCCUCACCAGUCUGCUGGCCAACAAGAAGGAGGAAAUGAGACUGAAGAGUGAAAAGACUCUUGACGUAUCAUGCUUGGAAUACCCAUCCGAGUCCUUUGGUGCUGCCAUGGUAGGAGAAUUCGAGUCUCUGGCCAAGGUGGCAGGCUGGGGCAAUGCGAGAGAUGUUAAGCAGCUGGCCAAAGUCAUGUUUCGUCGAGUAAAGCUAUCGGGUACCAUCGCAACGCUCGAGGAGGAGCAUGUGCUGGGAGAGAUGAGCGCGAUGCUCAAGGACAGGACUAGCCGAGAGAAGAGCAAGGUCUCCUCCGUUUCCUUGCGCGGUCCGUCCCAGGCGGCGCUCGGCCGGACGCCGCAGCUGGCGGGCACCACGGCGGCGACGCCGGCGCAAGCCGACAUUGAGGCUCGCCCCGAAGCGAAUGACGCCAUCGUCACCACUCGCCCGGAUCCUUCCGAUGGAGAUCAGAGCCAGGUUCAGGGCUCAUGCGAGGAAGUCCGUGAUGCCGGCGUGAGUGAUGAAAUCUGGAACCAGCUUCAGCUGGAUCGACUCGAGGAACAACGACUUGAGCUGGAGUUUGAGAAGCUCAAGAAGGCCCAGGCGUCGGCCGGCGCGGCGGCUCGGGAUAGAAUUGUGCGCCAGGUGCUCGCAGAGGAGGAGAAGCGAAGGAGAGAGGAGGCCAACAAGGCGCGGCUGCAAGCACUCGGUGUCUGCCCGGUGGGAUAUCAGUGGAUCAAACAGCAAGGUGGUUAUCGAUGUGCGGGAGGUAGUCACUGGAUGGCAGACGAUGCCUUGGGUGCCAUGAGCUGA